UUCAGUUUGGACUGUGGAGGAGGAAGUGGGUGUUGCAGGGUUUUCUCUGGUUCGUGUGUUCAAACAUCCUCCAGAUCCUCCAGACUUCUGCUUCUCUCUCUGCCUGAGGCUUCGCUCUGUCAACACCCUGGUUAAAAUCAUGGUGCUGCCGAGCUGCUGUCAAAUGAUCUUCGCGGUGGUCCGUCAGAUUGAGACGGUCGUCGUGCUGGAGCAGCUGGCCAGCUGCUUCUUCGACACCGCGCUGCUGCUGGUCGUCAGAGACCGAAGCUCCAACGCCUCGUACCCGGGUCUGUCCGAGGAGGCGAGUCGGCAGAGAGCCAUGUCCGACUUCUACAUGACCUACAACCUCAUCGUCAGCCUCGUCCCCAUCUUACCGGCGCUGCUGCUGGCCAAGCUGAGCGACCGAGGCAGGAGGAAGGCCCCCAUCGUGGUGCCCCUGGGCGGGUACGUGCUGUCCCGGCUCGGGCUGCUCCUGGUGCUCAUCGUCGGGCUGCCGGUGCAGCUGAUGUUCGGGGCGGCGGUUCUCUUCGGGCUGUCCGGCGGCUACAGCGCCUUCUGGCCCGGCGUCAUGACGCUGGCGUCGCUGGGCUCCACGGCCACUGACCGCUCCAAGGUGCUGAUGAGGGUGGAGCUGCUGUACGGGGCGGCCGGUCUGGUGGGCAGCUUGAUCUCGGGUCAUCUGUUCCUGGUGAACAGCUCGACUCUGGGAGACGGAGUCGUCCUGCUCAUCGUGAGCACGCUGCUGAACCUGCUCAUCUUCAUCCACUCCAUAGUGCUGCUGCAGGUGAAAGUGUCCAGCAGUGAUGAGAACGGUCACCUCCUCUCUUCCACAUCCGAUAACGCUGCCUUUGCAGAGGCGCCUGGAGGAAUCAACAGGGUGAACAUGGUUCUGCUGUUCGCCACCGCCUUCCUGUACGACUUCGCUGUGGGCGGAGCAGUAGAAAUCCUGGGCGUGUUCGUGUUGAAAGAGCCGCUCAGCUGGAGCGCCACUCAGGUCGGUUAUGGGAACGCAGCCGGCUGCAUUAUUUUCCUCACCAGCUUCGUCGGGGUCAUAUUGUUUCGCCGCUGCUUCAGCGACGUCACGCUCAUCCUGAUCGGCAUGGUCUCCUUCGCCUCGGGAAUCUACUUCAUGUCCUUCGUCACAACAACCUACAUGUUCUACCUCGCUCGCUCGCUCAACCUGUUUGCUCUCAUUCCGAUGCCAACGAUCAGAUCUCUGCUCUCACAGCAGGUUCCAUCAUCCUCAUAUGGCACCACUCUCACCUCCCUGCAGCUGACUCUGAAGUUCGCCGGUCUGGCCUACAUCCCUGCCUAUACUAAGAUCUACCAGAGAACCCUGGAUUGGUUCCCAGGCUUCGUCUUCACUCUCUCCAGCAUCUUUACUGUCCUGGGAAUGAUUCCCAUCAGCAUUGUCAGAUGCAGAUCACCUCGGUCUAAUCAAUGCUACCGAAGGAUUCAGGGCGACUGAUUCACCAGCAGAGUUAAAAUCAGUACAAGUCAGACGGGAACUGAAACAUGAAAUGAGCAGGAGACUCACUUCCUGUAACUGGAGGCACCUCAGGAAACAAGUUGUAAUGCUCUUGUUGUAAUGCUGUUACACGACGUAACACAAGUUUAAUAUUUUUAUUAUUAUUAGCAUUUUAUGAGACGUUAAAGCAAAACUGUGCAUCUUUUUAACCCCAAAAUAGGAAACGUUUUAAAAUGUUUUCUCUUUUGCUCUCACUCCUCAUCACGAGAAGUGUGGAACAGUCGCAGCUUUAAUUGUCAGUAUCUAGUUCAAGGGUGAUGAUGAAGUGCAGAUCAGUUCAAAAGACUCAGAAGUCAUUAAAAAAAUCUGAGUUCAUCUCCAAGAUUCAGCUGGAAACUUUUAAAAUCUAAAGAAUUCUCAACAGUUUUUGUGAAGUUGCUACAGCGGCAGCUCUUCUGGUUAAGGAAGCCGGGGAUCAUGGGUAAUAUCCCCGUUCGGUUGUGUUUCAGUUCAGUACGAGACACAGUUGAUUGACUUUGUUUCUAUACACGAAAACUUAAAGACCAAAAGAAUUCAUCCCCUCGUGAGGCUGCAGGGGGCGCUGGUGCUCAGUCCGACAAACAGGUGAAAGCAGUCGAAUGUCGUCGACCAGUGGAUUUCAUCAAACAGUGAACUUGGUGUGAACUUCCUUAAACUGAUCAGACACGUGUUCACCAACUCGUUCACACUGAUUUCAACAGUUCAACAGAGUUCUCAGUGAUUAGGUCAGAUAUGUUGUUUUUAAUACUGUGAAAAGAUCAUGUUUGCUUCUGUGAAACAACUCACACUGUCACAUUAUUUCACAUAUCACAUCAAAUAUAUUUCAGGUCUAAAACUAGAUUGAUAC